AUGCUGGAUCUUGAAGGUGGCAGCAAGCAAAGCCUGUGCCUUCUGCUCAUCUCACGAUUCUUCAUUCAACCUGUUGUGAGAGGGUUUGACGAGCUACAUGCGUGCGCUGAUCCCGGAGUGCCCGAGCACGGAUACAAGACGCCCAGCGCCGGCGUUUUCUUUGAAAGCGUGGUGGUCCGGUUUCAUUGCCAGGAAGGAUACCGGCUUAAUGGUACUUCAAAAAAACUCUGUGUGAAACACUUUAAUGGCUCCCUGAGCUGGAAGCCAAGCGAUAAACCUGUGUGCCUACAAGAAGUCGCAGAUUGCCUUGUUCCACAUGUUGAAGAUGCAGAGGUUCAUAACCAGACGUACAGGACUGGCGAUAAGCUCAUAAUCAGCUGCCACGACGGCUUCCAGAUCCGUUACCCUGACUUAGACAACCUGGUUUCAGUGUGCCAAGAUGAUGGGACAUGGGACAAUCUGCCCUUUUGUCAAGGUUGCCUGAGGCCGCUGGCUCUUCCUCAUAGUUACGUUAACGUAUCGGAGCGGGAGUCCUCCUUCCCCGUGGGAGCAGUGGUGUAUUACCAGUGCUUCCCCGGCUACAGACUGGAAGGGGCCGCGCUCCUUGAGUGCAUGUAUAACCUAAUCUGGUCAGAUAGCCCACCUAGGUGCCUUGACGUGGAAGUGUGCCCCCUGCCUCCGAUGGUGACCCAUGGAGACUACAUCUGCCACCCGCGGCCCUGCGAGCGCUACAACCACGGCACCGUGGUGGAGUUUUACUGCGACCCCGGCUACACGCUCACCAACGACUACAAAUACAUCACGUGCCAGUACGGAGAGUGGUUCCCCUCCUACCAAGUGUACUGUGUCAAAACAGAGCAAACCUGGCCAAAUACGCAGGAGACCCUCCUGACUACGUGGAAAAUAGUGGCAUUUACUGCUACCAGUGUUUUAUUAGUACUUCUACUGGUUAUUUUAGCCAGGAUGUUCCAGACCAAAUUUAAGACACAUUUCCUUCCAAGGGGCCACCAGGAGGGCUCCAUGAGCGACCCUGACUUUGUGGUGGUGGACGGCGUUCCCGUCAUGCUGCCUUCCUACGACGAAGCCGUAAGCAGUGGCUUGAACGCCCUGGCGCCCGGAUACGCUGCCGCCGCAACAGACCGAGGGCACCUUCUUCAGGCAGAAGACCAGAAUCCGCCAGCGUAUCCCGGUCCCAGGACCGCAGACCCGCUGCCCAGCAGAUUUGAGACCUGCGGUGGUGUACCGGGCUCCUCUGAGCUCCUCCAAAGCCUGUGCUCGCCCGCAGCGUGCCAGGCGGGCACCCUUCCGGACACGGGCAGGACAGACACAUCCCACAGCGCUGCCGGGGAGGCGGCAUCCGCGAGCCCACGGGUCGACAUUGCCGACGAAAUCCCACUGAUGGAAGAAGAGCCUUAG